GCUAACGCCAGGUAACGCCGCGACAGCUUGUUGAUUUUUGUUUCGUUUACAGUUUUGUCCUGCCUGGACGCGUGCCGAUCGAAUCAAAACUAUAAAUUAUUUGAUUUGUUUGAAUAGUUUUCAUGUUUCAAUAGUGUGCCCGAGAUACCUCAACGGUCAGACCAGAUGGGGGACGUCAUAAAAUCUCUACGUGAAAAGUCGCAGAAGCGCAAGAAGCUGCUGGCCCAAACGUUAGGAGUUUCCAGCGUGGAGGACUUGAAACAUGUUCUGGGCACUGCCGAGGACACGCCAAUCAAUAAAUCGCAGCGCUACGAUGACGAGGAAGCCAGUUCUUCGAAAAAGUCGCAAUCCGAAGGGAUGGUUUACCGAGAUUCGUCUACCUUUUUGAAGGGAACGCAAUCUUCGAAUCCCCACAACGACUACUGUCAGCAUUUCGUGGAUACCGGUCAACGGCCGCAGAAUUUCAUCCGGGACGUCGGACUGGCCGAUCGGUUCGAGGAGUACCCAAAGCUACGGGAAUUGAUCCGACUAAAGGAUGAGCUGAUCUCGGAAACGGCCACUCCACCCAUGUACUUGAGAGCCGAUCUCAAAAGUUUCGAUUUGAAAGCGCUCGGAACGAAGUUUGACGUAAUUCUGAUCGAACCGCCUCUGGAGGAAUACGCUCGGGGAGGGGCAGCUGUAGCAGCCGGAGCACCGCGGAAUUUCUGGUCCUGGGAUGAAAUCCUAGCCUUGGAUAUUGGUGAAGUGGCCGCUCAUCGCAGUUUUGUCUUCCUGUGGUGCGGUAGUUCCGAAGGUUUGGACAUGGGCCGGAACUGCCUCCGAAAGUGGGGAUUCCGUCGCUGCGAAGACAUCUGCUGGAUACGAACAAACAUCGAUUCCCCGGGGCAUUCGAAAAUCCUCGAACCCAAGGCGGUUUUCCAACGCACAAAGGAACACUGCCUCAUGGGAAUCAAAGGGACAGUUCGGCGCUCUACGGACGGAGAUUUCAUCCAUGCUAACGUCGACAUCGAUUUGAUCAUUUCCGAAGAAGCAGAGUUUGGUAGUUUGGAGAAACCAAUCGAAAUCUUUCACAUUAUCGAGCAUUUCUGCUUGGGAAGACGUCGAUUACACAUAUUUGGCCGGGAUUCAACCAUUCGCCCGGGUUGGGUAACCAUCGGGCCGGAACUUACCAACUCGAACUUCAACAGCGAACUGUACGCGGGUUCCUUCGAGGAGAAUCCCACGACCGGCUGUACGGAACGGAUCGAAGCCCUGAGACCGAAAAGUCCCCCAGCCAAUGGGAAAGUGCUUCGGGGACGGGGCCGAGGGUUUCCGCGUCUUCGCGGUCGGAGCCGAGUUUAGAUGAGCGGAGGUGCGAUAUCCGUUCGCAUGAAGGUUAAUAUUUUGAUUGGCAUUAUAUAUUUCUUCACACAAGGAAGGUUCACUUUCAAUUAUAUUCACGCUAAAUAAAAUGAAUGAUUUAUAAAAAAAAGA